AUAACAAUAGAGAAUGAUUGUUUGAUGUUGUUGUCCACACUCAGACAAGACAACGAGAGUCCCACUGGGUCUACUUCAGGAAAUCAACUGGAGGAUCGGAGCAUUGACGGAAAUAAAGAUGAAGAUGAAGAUGAGAAAAUACAAUCAGAUGCUGAGUCAGAGAGUCUGCUGUCUCCUGUGUCACAUGAAGUGACGAUGGCUGUUAUACCAACUAUGGUUUUGUUCAAGCCAGAGAGCAUAGGCGAAGGGUCCAGUCCUGAUCAGAGUCCUGUCCACAGUCCUGCUGAGCACGCUGCCGGACCCCCCGUCCCACAGCAGAGCUCCGCUGAAUCUCCUCCCUCUUCUUCCCCAGCACCACCUAUAACCAUCUGUGUGUCCCUCCUGUCCCCCCCUUCCCGUCCUAUGGCACCUCCCUCAGAACCAGAGCCCAGCCUCGACUCUUCCACCUUCUGGAAAAGUUGCAAUGCGGCAGGAUGCACACAGGCCCUCUUCACUGGUUUCAUUAAUGAGAUGAACGAUAUCUCCAGCAGAAUUCAGUCAGACUUGGCCAGCCAGGAGGAUUAUGAUCUUGCACUAUCAGUGAUGAAUGCUUCUGGAAAACUGGCAGAGCUUGUGGCCAAGCAGCAGGAAGAGUUACAAAGGAAACAAACGGAGCUGCAGAAGGCGACAGCAGUUAUAAAGGAGGUCUCUCAGAGAUGAGGACAUGAGUCCUUCAGCAGAUACUGCAAGAACAUGGAUCAGUGUUUAGAGCUCUAGAACUCUUCUCUUUUGUCUGUAAUCCCACUCUUGUUUAGUAUUUCAAAUUACUCACAUUGACAUUUUUAGCAUUUUCAUUAUUCCUUAAUAUUUAAGUGGUAAAAGUGAUGUAUGUGGAAAUAUAAAACUGCACCAAUAUUUGGCACUGAUAGUUCAAAAUGCAAUGAAAGAGUUAAAAUAUUGAAUUCUUACAAUAUGAUCUCAGAUUUCAGCCUGAUGCUUUUGGUAUGUAGUUGUAAAUGGUAAUAUGUCACACAGGAUUGUUUCAGUAUGACAUACAUUUUCAUUCAUGAAAUGAAGGGGUUUUAUUUAAAAAACAGUACUGAAGAAUUUUAAAGAAUAUUUUAAUGUCUUGAAAAAGUUCCACAUCCAGCACUAUCAUCUGAACCAAGAUUACUUGAAUU